UGCGGUAAACAAUUAUUUUCUUGUUUUAGUGAACUUAACUUGCCCUCUGUUUGUGUGGCUAUAGUGUACGCUUUCAGUUUUUGGACAGACUCAAACCUCUCAACCUGUCAGAUAUGAAUGAUUCAUUUUUGAACGUGGGCUUCAAUGUGUCAGACGUUGUUUUGCCUGUCAUCAACAGCUCGUCCCGUGUCUUGAGCCUCGAUUACCGCUCUCUCAUCAUUUCAGCCACGAUGUUUGGCUUCGGAGUCCUCGGCAACAUCGUGGCCAUCGUAGUACUUUGCAUUUCCAAGAAGGAACAGAAGGAGACCACCUUCUACACUCUGGUGUGCGGAAUGGCCAUCACGGAUUUGCUUGGUACCUGUUUCACAAGUCCAGUCGUCAUCGCCACAUAUGUUGCGGGUAGGUGGCCAGGAGGAGUGCUCUUAUGCAAUUUCUUUUCUUUCUCCAUGUUGUUCUUCGGUUCAGCCGGAAUGUCUAUUCUAUGCGCAAUGUCCGUGGAAAGAUAUCUGGCGAUAAACCACGCUUACUUUUACUCGCAACAUGUGGAUCGGACUAUGGCUCGGUUUGCGCUGAUGACGACAUACCUAGCCAAUAUCGUGCUGUGUAUUAUGCCCAGUUUUGGUUUUGGGAAGCACAAGAGACAUUUUCCGGGCACUUGGUGCUUUUUGGACUGGCGCGCCAUGGACUCUGUCAGUGCCUCGUACACGUUUCUAUAUGGGGGCUUUAUGCUGAUUUUGAUCGCCGUUACCGUCCUUUGUAAUUUCGCCGUGUGUCGAUCACUGGUUGGCAUGAGUAAGAUGACCCGCAUGGUGAGAGCAGAGGUGCCUGGACACAUAGGGUCGAGACGCAGAUUCCCCAAAUUAACAUCAGUUACAUCUGCGGCUGAGAUUCAGAUGUUCUGGUUGUUAAUUUUCAUGACCAUCGUGUUUCUGACAUGCUCCAUUCCUUUAGUGGUGCGUAUCUUCAUUAACCAGCUGUAUGAUCCAGCAUACAUAUCAUCAGGUGGAAACCCAGACUAUCGCAGUGAUCUAUUGGCCAUUCGUUUCGCAUCCUUCAACCCCAUCCUUGACCCAUGGGUUUAUAUUCUGUGUAGGAAACAUUUAUUGACCAAGGGCUGUGCGCGUCUCAAACGCAUUAUCGGUCUGAGAAAAGAGGAUCACAGUCAUGUCUUGGGUUGGAUUGACGGUCGGCAGUCGCCUCCAUCGUUUGCGCAAAGUAACUGCACAAGUUACGCCUCGUUGCCCACGGCCACCUGUAGACCCGACGUUGGAAAACAAAUCUGCACUAAUACUAAAUCGUAUGUAAACCUGACACUUCGUCAGGCAUGGGACUUCGAUACAGCCUUGGCUGACUUUCAUCCCUUCAGCGUCGAGCAGAACGAUGUUAUGGGUUUUGACGAAGAUGGAGCAUCAAGUUCCAAACUGGACCUCGCCAAUACCGUUGGAUGCAUUGAGGCGCUACCAGGCACUCAGAUAUUAGAGAAUAGAGUUGAAAUGGUGACUUGCACUUUUAGUACACCAAGUUCAUGUGAUUCAGAAAAGGGCAUUAGACAAUGACUUAAGGAUGAGUUUACAUUUCAUUGUUUUGUAGUAAAUGCCACAACCUAAAAGGUUAAUGAGCACUAAAAAGACAUCAGACACAAUUUCUGUGACUAUCUGUCAAAAACAAACA